CCCAUCCCGGCGAUAGAUGGCGCGUCACUCAAGCCAGGAAUCCCUGGCUUUAAUGGCGGUGAUCACCUGUCUUUUCCUGCGUACGGUAAAGACAGGCAAUACCAGUCUAAUACGCACUGCCCUGGGGCAUUUAUCUAGUUCUAUGUCCACAAGCCAUUCAUUAGUUUUGACGAUGAGUAAUAUAACCGAUUACAAUGAGGUUUGUAAGAUGUACGACGGGAGACGAGCAGCGGACGCCUUUGUCCAUAAAUCCCUGAUGGAGAAUUUUACUGGAAAGAACAUUCAUGACAUGGAUAUUCUGGAGGCUGGCUGUGGGACAGGAAACUACGCGAGUUAUUUCCUGGACCAGGAACCCCGCAGCUUGACUCUUAUUGACGCCAGUGAAGGGAUGCUUAGCGUGGCCAGAGGGAAAUUACAAUCCCAAAAUCUAAAGUCGAAGCUUAGCUUCCAAACAGGAGUGCUUCCGAUUAUUCCUUUUGAAGAUAAUUCUUUUGACAGCGUUAUGAUAAAUAUGGUACUACAUUAUUUAGAGAUAAAUCCUGAUGGAAAAUCGUAUCCAAACACAGCUAAAACGAUGAAAGAAGUUUUUCGGGUUUUGAAACCAAGAGGUGUGUUGACUGUUACCACCUUGACCCCUGAGCAAGUAGAGGCCCACUGGUUUGGUCAUUUGGUUCCAGGACCCUUGAAACAAUUCGCCAAGAAAUUCCCCUAUCAUAAGCAGAUGAAGGACAUAUUGACCGAGGCUGGAUUAACACUGAAGGCGGCUCUCAACACGUUAACAACAGAUUAUGACAUUGGACACGAUAAUUUGGAGGGACCAUUACAACAAGAUUGGAGGAAGAAUAUGUCAUUUUGGGACACGUGCUCUGAGACUGAAAUUCAAGACAUGGUGCAGAGAGUGCAGAAAAUGAAAGAGGAAGGAACUCUGCGUGACUUUUAUAAUACUCACGAGAAAACUCACAUAUUCGGGGCAAUGCAGAUUCUUGCCGCACAAAAAUAAAUGUUAAAUGGUCAUGUAGUUGAACUAUAUAGUUUGUCGAUGAGCAUAUACUGUAAGAUCCUUUUGAAUUUGAAUUAAUCGGUAUAUUGUAUAAUAAAAUAAAACACAUUAUUAUUUUAAA